AUGCUUUUCGACACGAUUCGAUGGAUGGAUGCAUCCGUUGUAAAUCCCGUGGCAACGCGACUUGCUGGAUCAGUUGCGAAUCCGACUGUAUUGAGUUUUAUCUUGUGGAAACGACUCAAGACAUUGACACCACAGCGUACACGUGAUUUUAUGCGGCUAUUGACAACAGCCCUAGCCAAUGCUCUUGAUGUUUUUCGUGCAGAGAGAGGUCAUGAGCUUCGAAGCAAGUCCAAGCAGCUUCAGAAGGACUUUGUCUACGCUGCGAGUACACGCAACGGUCGAGAUGUUGUAUUGAAUAGUGUAGCUACUGUGGCAAAGAUAGCCCAGGCACUCAAUACACCCGAGACGAAAGCAGCUACAGAACAAUUGUUUCAGACACUACAGUCUGUCGUGGACUUUUUUGCAAGUGAUGAUGGACGGCGGAUUAUCUCGAGCACUGGCAAAUGUCUUACAAGUGUGACUGAGAUGACAGCAUCACCUGAAGCUUCGAUAUUUUUGGCAGAACUCGCAACGAAUCUCCUGCAUACGCUCGAGAGCGAGGAGAGACGACAUCAUGCGAGUCAUGGACAAGAGGAAAAGGACGUAAAGGUGAAAAAAGAGGAUGAACAAAAUGCGCCACAAGAACGGGAGAUGGAUCAAGAAAGGAACCACAAACAUGCGUACUCACCCACAUCCUCAACGACCGACACUCGGUGGAGUUUUGACACGGAUUCCAUGUUAUCGUCAGCACCAGGAACUCCCGUUACAGGAAUGGACACUGCUCGAGCUUCGGAAGACGGAUCGAUGCUGUCGUCGUCUACAGCACUACCGGGAACGCGACGUCAGGUGUCAAUGUCGUUGCCUGCAAAGAAAAGUAGAAGUUUUCGCUCGGCACGAAUUGAAAAAGAGGUAUUGCUAAGACUAGGGGUUGAUCCAUCGAUGCUCAGCGAGGUCCAGCGUGUGCUUGACGUCAUUGCCGCGGAAGAACGAGCAGAGAUGCAGCGUCAGCGUGAAGAAGCAGAUUAUGUCGCGAGUUUGGUGGUACCGGAGUCGACUGAUGUGGGUAUUGCACCCGCGUUUGGGAAUGAUGAGGAAGAAAAAAACGAUCAAGUCAAUGAUGGUGACGAAAGCGCGUCGCUUCCGGCAUCCGAAGAGAUUCCCGAGUGGCACAAAAAGCCGUUGCGAGAGGCAUUACGCCGCCGCCACGCGCAUACUGAAGCAGCAAUGAAGCAGCGUGAUCCGGCAACUCGUCAAGCUUGCGAAAUGGCGGCGGUGCUGGCUCAACGCAACAUAAUGCAUGGAGACUUGCAACCUGGCGACAUUGUGGCUUGCCGGACGAUUGCUCGGAUGAUCGUGUACAGUGCAGGUUUCUCCUUACUGCUCUCGGGAUAUCUGCUCAGUCGGAACAUCUUUGGUUAA